AGGGCGCGAGGCGGCGGGCGGGGCCCGGGCGCGCGGUCCCGAGCGCGAGGAGAAGGUGGGGGUACGGGGUGACGGUGCGGGAGCUACUGUACAGCGCCGGGGCCAGAGGCGACGGCGGCGCAGGGGAGAAGCUGGGCCAGAGUCUGGUCGGCUGCCGGAACUGCGGACUCGAUCCAGGCAGAGCGCGCCGUUUCUGGCUGAACGAAGAGGCGCUGCCGAUCCGCCCGCGAGAGGAAGAUGUUCAACGUGGAGUCGGUGGAGCGGGUGGAGCUGUGCGAAAGCCUGCUCACUUGGAUCCAGACAUUUAAUGUGGAUACACCAUGCCAAUCAGUGGAAGAUUUAACGAAUGGGGUUGUGAUGGCCCAGGUUCUUCAGAAGAUAGAUCCUGCGUAUUUUGAUGAAAAUUGGUUAAACAGAAUCAAAACUGAAGUGGGAGAUAACUGGAGACUAAAGAUUAGCAAUUUAAAGAAAAUUUUAAAAGGAAUCUUGGAUUAUAACCAUGAGAUUUUAGGACAGCAGAUUAAUGACUUUACUCUUCCUGAUGUGAACCUUAUUGGGGAACAUUCUGAUGCAGCUGAGCUUGGAAGGAUGCUUCAACUCAUUUUAGGCUGUGCUGUGAACUGUGAACAGAAGCAAGAGUACAUUCAAGCCAUUAUGAUGAUGGAGGAGUCUGUUCAGCAUGUUGUCAUGACAGCCAUUCAAGAGCUAAUGAGUAAAGAGUCUCCCGUCUCUGCUGGAAAUGAUGCCUACGUUGACCUUGAUCGCCAGUUGAAGAAAACUACAGAGGAACUACAUGAAGCUUUGUCAGCAAAGGAAGAAAUUGCUCAAAGAUGCCAUGAAUUGGAUAUGCAGGUUGCAGCAUUGCAAGAGGAAAAGAGUAGUUUGUUGGCAGAGAACCAGAUAUUAAUGGAAAGACUCAAUCAGUCUGAUUCUAUAGAGGAUCCCAACAGUCCAGCAGGAAGAAGGCAUUUGCAGCUCCAAACCCAACUAGAACAGCUACAAGAAGAAACAUUCAGACUAGAAGCAGCCAAAGAUGAUUAUCGAAUACGCUGUGAAGAGUUAGAAAAGGAAAUCUCUGAACUUCGGCAACAGAAUGAUGAACUAACCACUUUGGCAGAUGAAGCUCAGUCUCUGAAAGAUGAGAUAGAUGUUCUUAGACAUUCUUCUGAUAAAGUGUCUAAACUAGAAGGUCAAGUGGAAUCUUACAAAAAGAAGCUGGAAGACCUUGGUGAUUUGAGACGGCAGGUUAAACUCUUGGAAGAGAAGAAUACUGUGUAUAUGCAGAACACCGUUAGCCUAGAGGAGGAGUUGAGGAAGGCCAAUGCAGCUCGAGGUCAACUUGAGACAUACAAAAGACAGGUAGUAGAACUGCAAAAUAGAUUGUCCGAAGAAUCAAAGAAGGCAGACAAAUUAGAUUUUGAAUAUAAGCGGCUAAAGGAAAAAGUUGACAGUCUUCAAAAAGAAAAGGAUAGGUUAAGAACAGAAAGAGAUUCUCUGAAGGAAACUAUUGAAGAGCUUCGUUGUGUACAAGCUCAAGAAGGGCAGCUUACCACUCAAGGGUUAAUGCCUCUGGGAAGUCAGGAAUCUUCAGACAGCCUGGCUGCAGAAAUUAUUACACCUGAAAUCAGGGAGAAACUUAUUCGUCUUCAGCAUGAGAAUAAGAUGUUAAAAAUUCAUCAGGAAGGGUCAGACAAUGAAAAAAUUGCCUUAUUGCAGAGCCUUCUAGAUGAUGCAAACCUACGCAAGAAUGAACUAGAGACAGAGAAUAGGCUGGUGAAUCAGAGACUUCUGGAAGUGCAAUCACAGGUCGAAGAACUGCAGAAAUCUUUACAGGAUCAAGGCUCAAAAGCAGGAGAUUCAGUUCUUCUAAAAAAGAAGCUUGAAGAACAUCUAGAGAAGCUGCAUGAGGCCAAUAAUGAAUUGCAGAAGAAAAGAGCCAUUAUUGAAGAUCUUGAGCCAAGAUUUAACAAUAGCUCCUUAAAAAUUGAAGAAUUACAAGAAGCUUUACGAAAGAAAGAAGAGGAAAUGAAGCAAAUGGAAGAACGAUAUAAAAAAUAUUUAGAGAAAGCCAAAAGUGUUAUCCGUACUUUAGAUCCUAAACAGAAUCAAGGAGCAGCACCAGAAAUACAAGCUCUUAAAAACCAACUCCAGGAACGAGACCGAUUGUUUCACUCAUUAGAGAAAGAAUAUGAGAAAACGAAAAGUCAAAGAGAGAUGGAGGAGAAAUAUAUAGUUAGUGCCUGGUACAAUAUGGGAAUGACUCUGCAUAAAAAGGCGGCAGAAGAUAGACUGGCUAGCACAGGUUCAGGGCAGUCAUUUCUAGCUAGGCAAAGACAAGCAACCAGCACAAGAAGAUCUUAUCCAGGACAUGUCCAACCAGCCACAGCAAGGUAGAGAAGUCUUGCCAUUUGGAAUAAAAAAAAACAACCUGCAUUCAAAACAUAUUUCUGUUACAUAUAACAUUUCAGGAAAUUCAGCCAGCUUAUUUUUUGUCUUCUAAAAAAGUCAAUAUUUAAUGUUUCUCAUUUGAGGACUUUUUCUCUCUCUUAUAUCAUUGUUUAGUUUCUUUGUCCUUUACUUUUUAGUCCUUUCAGUUCCUUUUAAUGUGCCAAAAAUUUGUAAAUGUACAAUUAAAAGUGUUGUAUAUUAGUGUAAUACUUUUCUUUGUAUGAAAAUGUUAUCUUCCCUAAUGGUAUAGGCUUUGUAAUGAAUUAGAUUUUCUGCCAAUACACAUUUAUAUUCUUUAUUGUGCCUAUGUGUUACCAUGCUUUAUAAGAAUGUCUUUGUUUAAAGGGAAUUAAUCUUUUUAUGAUGUAUUAGUCUACAUUUUCAAUUAUUUUCCAAAUGCACUUCAAAUAACUUACAUAUUUACACAAAAUGGUUGGCAAGUGCACUUUUUUUUUUGAGAAAACUUAAAUACAUUGGUAGAAUUGCUAAUCAGCUCUUUCCUAGGACAGAAUUAUUUAGAGGGGGAAAAUGAGUUUUCACAUUGUUUUAUAGGACAUUAAAUUUGUUUUUAAGAUUUGGAAAUAAUUUCUAAAACAUAAAUAUGUAAAUUU